ACUUCUCUCUAGUUUGUCCAGCUGAGGUGGAAGUUUAACUGGGACGGCUUACCUCUCCGCUCCGCCACCGCUGAACCCCCCCCACCCCCAAUCAAAGGAAAACAACCCCGAGGAACACUGCGCGGUUUUAUCCCGCAGACACUUAUUCGCUUUGCGUAACUUCCAGCUUUCUUCUGUUGGAUUUCUCUCUCUCUCUCUCUCUCUCUCUCUGUCGGUUUUGUGGGGGGUCUGAGCUGAUCCUCCCCGAUUCAUCAAGAUGUCUGUCCAGUCGAGCCAGAAAACGACAACGACCUACCGGACCUUGAAAGUUGCCUCUCCUGAGCCGAUGGCCAGCACGGUGCUCUCGGGCGGGUCGAUGAUCUCGGGCCAGUCGGUGCUCUCCGGCGGGCCGGUGCUCUCCUCCGGCUCGGUGCUCUCCUCCGGCUCGGUGUCCUCGACCGGGUCGGUGUCCCCGAUGAACGGCUAUGAGACGGUGCGCUACCUGGUCCCGGUGCAGCAGCAGUCCUACAUGCCGGUGCAGCAGCAGUCCUACAUCCCCGUGCAGCAGGCCGUGCAACAGCAGUCCUACGUCUUCAUGCAGCAGCCUAUGAUGCAGCAGAUGGUGUCCCCGAUGUACCUGCAGAGUAUGCCACACCUGAGCGUCAGCAGCCAGGAGUCCGACCUGCUGUACCAACAGCAGAGCACGGUGGAGAGCAUCAGCGGGCAGUCUUCAGUGUUUAGCCAGUCGUGCAGUCCUAUCAAGAGCCCUGAGCCAAGUGCUGAGGAGGAGGAGGAAGAGGAGGAGGAGGAAGAAGAGGAGGAGGAGGAGGUAGUGGAGGUGGAAGAGGUGGAGAUUGUCAACAUCAUACAGCAGAAGCCGCCGCCGGUGAUAGAGAAGAUCUCCAGGACGGAGGUGAAGACCGAGCUGAGGGAAGUGCCCCAGCCCACGAGGCUGGACACGCGCUACUUCGGCGAGCUGCUGGCCGACGUUUACAGGAAGAACUGUGACAUCCACUCCUGCAUCUCCGAGCAUGUGUCCAAGAUCCGUGGACAGAAACACCAGCUGGAUCUCAGCAAUGAUUACAAGGUUGAGAGAGAGGAGGUGGAGGCUUUGCUUCCCAAAGGAGCCACUGAACUGACCAAACAACAAAUCCGCUACCUGCUGCAGACUCGUCUCACUGCAGAUAAGAGCAUGCGUCUACUGCUGUCCACCUUCAGCAGUCUGAGAGAGGAGCUCCUCCAUAUGUCUGAGGACCUGCGGCGUCUGGAGAGCGAGAAGGAGGCGUUGGAGAGAGAUCUGAGUUUUAAAGCAGACCAGGCUCGGCAGUAUGACUGCCUCCUGGAGGCCGUCCGAGAAAACAACAGACAGCUCCAGCUGUCUCUAAAGGAAACCAGCGCCUCCCAGCGCUCCCUGGAGAGCCAGCUCAUGAGCACCCGAAACAACGACUCGAGCCGCGAGUUCAAGGUUAAAGAGCUGGAAGGGAGAAUGAGAGCGCUGGAGAAGGAGAACGAAAUGCUCCGACAGAAGCUGGCCGGCCAAGGCAACAGCACCACCCUGCAUAUCAAGACAGAGGAGUUGUCCCGUCAGUACAAGGACCAGCUCAGCUCCAUGAAAAGAGAAAAAGACGAGGAGAUCCAGAGGCUGCGGUCCCAGAUAACGAAGAUCCAGACAGAGAUUAGCACCACCACCACCACCAAGUCGUCCUCAGAGAAGAGUCUCCAGCUGAAGAUCUCAGAACUGCUCGCCAUGUUGGAGCAGCGGCAGACCACCAUCACCCGACAGGAGGAGGAGAUCAGGAAGCUGAUGCACGAGAGGAACGACAGCUCCAAGAACGUCACCAAGACCAUCAUCACCAAGAGGUACAGGAACCAGUACCCUCUCCUCGGCCUGCUGAGCGACGACUACCAGGUCACCUCGCCCGUCAAAGAAGCCAAGACCAUCGUCAUCGAGAGAACUGGAGAGAUGAUUAAACAGGUAAAAAGAGAGAAAGGGGGAAAAGAAGAGAUAAUUGAAGUAGACGACCAAAUAGAAUAAUAAAGGAAAACUAGUAUUGCUCAGCAUACUGCAUGGUAAAAUAUUAGCAACCAGCAGCAGACUCAUGGAGGAGUUUGGUGUCAGGAGUCUUUCUCUUUAAUCACGUUUGAUGCAAUGAAACAGCAGACAUUGAGCAUCGCUGCUGUGUUUGUCAUAUGAUGAUGAGCAGAAUAAUUCUGAGAAACCUGCUGGCACUGAGGCACCAUGCUAAAUUCUGUCCCUGCUGACUGGUACGACAGACAACUUUCACCAAGUCGCACCACAUUCAACACCGACCUAAUGAAAGCGGUCCAGAGGUCGCGGUGAGGGUGAGGGAUUUCUAGCACUACAUAACAUACAAUACUCUAAAAAAAGUUAAUUUUGCAAGAUUUAAUGAAUUAUAUGAGAUGUGACAUUAGCAAAUGUCCUAUGUGACAAGAAGGCUGAUGUCUUUUUGCUUCAUUGUUUGUCUUUGUUUAACAUUGAACUACUGAACACAUUUUGUGUCAUCAAAAGCAAUUUUCUAUCUAGGUAAUGGCCAAAUAUCCAAUAUAGUGAUGCAUGCGGUGUUUUAUGAUUACAAAGCUUUAAUAGGGCUUUUGUUUAUUGGUAAGUACAGUAAGGGGCUGAUCUGUAAUCAGAUGAAAUGGUGCCACCUUGUGGUAAAAAGGUGCUUCUGCAGGUAUUCAAUACUCCUAAAUAGGUAUUUUGCAUCAGGUGAUUCACAAUUAUUUAUAAAGAAUGUUUGGCAUGAAUGUGCAUGUACACUUGGGAUUAUGAAAAGUUAGAAAUGUAAAUUGGUCUUUGACAUGUAAUUCUAACUCAGCUGACUUUAUUCAGACCUUAGGAGUGUCUUUGUGUGCACUGCAUAUACAGAACAUAAAGUCCAAUGUAAACUGGCUGAUUAAACUGCACUACAGCACUGUCAUCUUUUUUGUAACCUAAUCUUAUGUGUAAGAUCAGCCAAAAAAAACAACAAA